UUAAUAUUUAAUACUGCACAUAUAUCAGCGAUCGUUAGUAACGUCACGAUACCUAAUGGACUGGAUUCAGAUGCUGCUAUACUAAUUGAGCUCAAAUUCGCUGAGGGUUCUUUCCUUAUAGUUGAGAAUGCUACCAACGCUGUUGUCGAAUCAUUAUUCAUGUUCGAAGAGAAUAUAAGUGAAAUUUCUAAAGAGAAUUCGAAAAAGACGGAGCCUGUGUUAUUGAAGAAUUAUAUGGAAAGAGCAUUUUCAACUAUAUCGGACAUGUAG